UCAAAAGUUUCAGUUCCUGUUUGGCGGCGGUUGGUGACGGUUCGAAAAUUCGGAAAAGAAACUGAAAAAGAAGUGUAAAAAGUUUAAAGAAGUGAAAUAAUAAAAAAGAAAAGUGGUGUGUGAUUGUGGAAAGAAAAGAAAUAUUUGGAAUGUGUUUACAUUCCAACAUGUUUUUUAAUUGAAAACAAUUUUUUGUUGUAAAUAAAUUGGAAUAAAUUAACAAUUGAAAACUCGUGUGUGUGUACAUGACUUAUGGUCUUGACGUCGAAAACAACAACUACAACAAUGAAAGGAGGCACAUCCCGGCCACCGUUGCAACAACACAUCUAUAGAAGAAUGCGACAAAUUGGACUUAUACUCAUCGUACUUAAUGCAAUAUGGAGUCAGCCGGCCUUUGGAGGUGUUGAGGCGAAGCCAGAGAAAUAUGUCGAUCUAAUAAAGGAAUUUGGUUUGCCUGACCUGCCGCCGGGCAUUAAAGCUGUUCCGGGUAUUUGCGGCGAUGAGAAGAACGCCUAUCAGGUGCACAACUCGCCGGCUUACAGCAUUACCAAGGAUGCCAUACUGACCGUGCAAACCUCUAGUGUAUUUCCCGAUGGUUUCCCAUCCGAUUUCUCCAUAGUCUUGGCAUUGCGUAACGAACGAUCGAAUCAAACGAAGGCACCGAUAUUUACGAUUUACUCGGACGAGAGUGAAGAGGUUCUGUCGCUGAGCAUUGGCCCGGAAAUUAAGCUGGGCUAUGAACAAAACGAUGCGGGAUUUAAUCAACAUAACGACAUUAAUUUCGGCAUUGGCAUCGAUGACAAUGAAUGGCAUCGCAUAGGGCUGAGCGUUAAGGGUACUUCGGCGACCCUGAACUUGGAUUGUACGAAACAGGUGACGCGACGCAUUGAACGUUCGCUGGGCAGUACGAUAGCCACGAAUGGUUUGAUUUUGACGGGUGUCCAGAUGAGCAAUGAUGAUGGCUUCUUUAUUGGUGACGUACAAAUGAUGUCGAUUUGGGAUACGCCCCAGGCGGGUUAUGAUUUGUGUACGAAAUAUGUACCGGAAUGUUUGGAGGGUUUUGAUGCCUUUGGAUUGGGAGGUGCGGAAUUGAAUGAAUUUCUGUUGUCGGCUCCGGGUUAUAUUACAUCCUCGAGCUCUAGUAGCAGUUUCUCCUCCGGAGGUGGAGGUAGUAUUGGUGGUGGUGUAUCAGGUGGUGGUAUUGAUGGUGCCCUUAAUGCCUUGGAAGUGGGUGGGGGAAGUCUUCACAUCUCAAGCGUUGGAGGUGGAGCAGGCCUGCAUGGUAUUUCCAGCAAUUCUGGGGGAGGAAGAGUCCAAAUAUCUGGAGGUGGUUCCAUGGGUACAGCCGGCCCUCGAAUUGAGGGUCCAAUAGUUACUGAAAUAAAUCUACAAACUUUUGCCACAAAUGCCGAAGGUCCAGGAGGAGCUACCCAAUUGCAAAUGUCAGGUGCAAACGGGGAAGGCUCGCUGAACUUGGAUUUGGGCUCCCUUAUGAAUUCGGCAGACAAAGAACCAGAACUGAACUCCCAGGAAUUGGAUGCAGAACAGCUACCGGCUAAAAAUGGAACAUCAGCGAAAAAUCCGAAAAAGAAAAAUAAAACGACAAAAAAUUCGAAGGAAUCUGCUGGGGAAAAUAUGUCCGAAAUAUUUGACAUGGGUUUCACCGAUCCAUGGCUGACAAUGAAUUCGAAUGGCUCAGCGGUUGGGAGACCUUACGAAACAGGAGGCCAGCCAUGUUAUCCCGGACCCAGAGGUUAUACUGGUGUGCCCGGACCACCGGGUGAAAGAGGACCCAAAGGGGAAGCCGGUAGGGAUGGCUUGUCCGGUACGGAUGGUAUACAAGGUCCACCGGGUCAUGUUUUUGUGGUGCCGACUCUCAACAAUGGCAAUGAAAAGGGUCCUGACAACCAAGCCGAGCUCCUUAGGCAAAUGAUUUCCCAACACAUGAUGGCUCUGCGCGGUCCUGAAGGUCCCAUGGGUUUGACAGGACCUCCCGGUCCUCCUGGCGCUCCUGGUCCCAGGGGCCAGAAAGGUGAACCCGGUGAUGCUGGCGAACCUAACAUUUAUUUGCGACAGGGUUUGCGGGGUCUACGUGGACCCACAGGUCCUCAGGGGCGAGAGGGCAGACGUGGUCGUUCGGGCCGUGAUGGAGAACGUGGACCUCAAGGUCCCCAAGGCAUAAAGGGAGAAGUUGGGCCAAUGGGUCCCAUGGGUAUACCGGGCGAAAAAGGUCAUCGUGGAUCACCCGGUCAGAGGGGAGAAAAGGGCCAGCAAGGUGUCGAGGGACAUCCUGGAGAGGAUGGACCACCAGGAUUGCCUGGUCUACCAGGUGAAUUGGGGCCCCGUGGCUUCCCCGGACCUCGUGGUUUUCCAGGGCCCACCGGCAAUCCCGGACCCCAAGGCAACGAAGGUCCUGCUGGGCCUAAAGGCAAUACCGGUCCCACCGGCCAACCAGGAGCUCCAGGUCAACAAGGACCAUCAGGUCCACCCGGCUCCCCUGGACCCCAAGGUAAAACUGGCCCCUCAGGUAUACCAGGCCCCAGCGGCAAACCGGGUUUACCAGGCCUACCCGGUGCAGAUGGAUCUCCCGGUGUUCCUGGGCUGCCAGGCCCACCCGGACAUAAAGGUGAUCAAGGGGUACAAGGUCCCCAGGGUCCAGUAGGUUUUCCCGGACCACGAGGCUCCAAAGGUGAUGAAGGACCCCGUGGCCCUCAAGGUGAUAAGGGCGAUACCGGUGAUCGUGGAAUGGAUGGUGAAAAGGGUGAAAUGGGUCCACCUGGUGAGCGGGGACCAGCAGGUUUGGCAGGUGCUCCAGGACCCGAAGGCCCUGAGGGACCAAAAGGUUUUGAAGGUCCGCGUGGAGAAACUGGCCCUCCAGGUCUGCCAGGUGAAAAAGGCAAACAAGGUCCCCAGGGUUUCCAAGGUUAUCCUGGACCAUCGGGUGACAAAGGUGAUAAAGGAGCCACAGGUGCAGCUGGCCCCGUAGGUAUCAAGGGAGAACGUGGUCUCCAAGGUCCCCAGGGUGCCAGAGGUGAAAUGGGACCCAGAGGUUUUAGAGGUUCACGUGGUAGACGAGGCAGUGAUGGCAAUCCAGGGCCCAAGGGUGAUUCCGGUCAACCUGGCCCACCAGGACCCCAGGGAGAAAGAGGUCCACAAGGUGCUGAAGGUCCAAGGGGAUUUAUUGGUAUGCCUGGUAGUCCAGGCGCAGAUGGAAAACCUGGUCCCGCAGGCCCUCCAGGAGAAAGAGGUCAACCGGGUGAACCCGGAAAACCAGGUCCUAUGGGUGAGGCUGGCGUAAUUGGUCCGCGAGGUGCUCCCGGAGAAAUGGGUCCCAUGGGUGAGGCUGGUAUUCCUGGUUUGCCGGGUCAGCCCGGUGAACCUGGUUUGCCUGGCGAAUCCGGAAAGGAAGGACCCGCCGGGCCACCAGGUCCCACCGGCAAUCCUGGACCACAGGGCCCCACAGGCUUGCCUGGUUUCCCGGGAGAGCGAGGACAUCAAGGACAACCCGGUUUGCCUGGCUUGAAGGGUGAACAAGGUGUAAUGGGUCCACCCGGUCUGAGAGGUGACAAAGGUCAAGAUGGUGCCCCUGGGCAAAUGGGUCCCCAGGGACCACCCGGACAUACUGGGGCGCCUGGAAAUCCCGGAGCACCUGGAGCUAAAGGAGAGGUGGGAGAAAAGGGCCCAAUUGGUCCCAUUGGACGGGAUGGAACACCAGGCUUAAGAGGUUUACCAGGACCCCCAGGUCCCACUGGCACACCGGGUGAUGAUGGUGAUAAGGGUGAUGCUGGCAUGCCGGGAGAGAAAGGUCUGAAGGGUAAUCAAGGUGAAACGGGUCCCGCUGGUCCAGCCGGUCCCCAGGGACCAAGAGGAGAACCAGGCACCCCAGGUUCCCCGGGAGAAAAAGGCCCACCAGGUGACCAAGGCCACAGAGGUAUCAAGGGCGAGGAUGGCCAACCGGGUAUUCAAGGAUUGCCAGGAAAACCAGGUCUUCAAGGUUUGCCUGGCCCCGCUGGUCUCAAGGGAGAACGUGGAGAUGAUGGUCUAAUGGGUCCUGUAGGUCCACCUGGACCACCGGGCGAACAAGGCCGAAGAGGGCCCAAGGGUAUCCAUGGUCACCAGGGCAAACCCGGCCCCCGUGGUUCUCCAGGUUUGACGGGUGCGGAUGGUCCGCCUGGCGCUCCUGGUCCCGUUGGUCCCAUGGGCCGGCCAGGCGAGAAAGGUGUUAUUGGUCCCAAGGGAGAAGAGGGAAAAUCCGGUCCAAUAGGAGCACCUGGCAAACCGGGUAUACAAGGCGUUGAGGGUCCAAAGGGUGAAAUGGGCCCCAGAGGUUUCCCAGGAGCAAGAGGAGAGCCAGGUCUUAUUGGCCCCAAAGGUGAUGUGGGUCCCGAAGGUGAAGAUGGCAAACCAGGUGAACCGGGUCCUCCAGGCGAACAAGGUCCCGAGGGUAGAAUGGGUGAGACUGGCCCACCAGGCAAACAAGGCCCCGAGGGUCCUGCCGGUAUGCAAGGCCCCGCCGGUGUACAGGGCGAAAAAGGAGAUAAAGGUGAUUUGGGCCCAGUUGGCCCCAUUGGCAUGUCGGGUCCUCCCGGUCCGGCUGGCUUACAAGGUCCUGCUGGCAAAAGAGGACCACAAGGUCUUGUGGGAGAAACAGGGGCCCCCGGUGCGGUGGGUCCAAUGGGCAAGGAAGGACAAAUUGGUUUGCCAGGACCCACGGGUCCUAAAGGUGAUCGAGGCCGAAGAGGUCCCAAGGGCCAUAGAGGUGAAUUGGGCAUGGCUGGCAUGAAGGGAGAACAAGGUGAAAAGGGCGAUAGAGGUCCAAGGGGACCACAAGGUCCAGAAGGCCUAAAAGGCGAUCCUGGACCAAGAGGUCUAGUUGGCCCCAAGGGCAAUGAUGGUCCUCCUGGCCAGCCUGGCAUGCAUGGUCCCAUGGGACCCAAGGGUGUGGAUGGACGUGCUGGAGAUAGAGGAGAAAUGGGACCACCUGGUCCUCCUGGAGCACCAGGAGCACCGGCAGAGGCUCCAAUGAUUCCCCCUGAAUUGCUGUUCCAAAUGCAGCAGUACUCCAAUACCAAGGCUGAGACGAGACGCCGGCGAGAUGUGGAUAUGGCGGCCUUCGCCGAGGAUGAUGAUGAUUUGAAUGAAUUGAUGGGGGCAGUGCCACAACAGAGAACCCCUGAAGAGCCAAAGAAACUCAAACGUAAAAAGAAGAAGCAAAAGCAGGAUCAGGUCACUGAGGCCAGUGAUAAAAUUGUCGAUAUGUACAAUGCCAUCUAUUCGAUACGCCAGGAGAUGGACAAGAUAAGAAAGCCAACGGGAACUCAGGAGAAUCCAGGGCGUACCUGUAAAGAUUUGCAUUUUGCCCAUCCUCACUUUGAGAACGAUUGGUAUUGGAUCGAUCCAAAUGGUGGCAUGCCGGAUGAUGCCAUCCAUGUUUUUUGUAAUAUGACCAAUAAUGGAGAGACCUGUCUGUAUCCUGAUGUCCAUACAGCGGAAAUGCCUUUGGUGCCAUGGAAAUAUGCUGGCGAUAAACAAUGGUUCUCGAAAAUUCCGGGUGGUUCGAAAAUAACCUAUGAUGGAGUGGGUACGGUACAGUUAACCUUUUUGAAAAUGUCCUAUUCCGAAGCUGUGCAAAAUUUCACCUAUUAUUGUCGAAAUUCGGUGGCAUGGCAUGAUAGGGCGGGAAAUAACUAUGAAAAGUCCCUGACAUUUUUGGGUGACAAUGAAAUGGAAAUUGGCCGGGAGAGUAGGGGCGUAACGGUGCAGGUGGUGAAAGAUGAAUGUGCGAACACCCAUGCCACGGGCUCCACAAUUUUGUUGGUCAACACCAAACGUUUGAAUUAUUUGCCCAUCAAUGAUUUCCUGCCCCUCGACUAUGCCCGAGAGAAUCAAGCCUUUGGUUUCAAGGUCGGGCCGGUGUGCUUCAAGUGAUCUGGAUGUACCAUAUUAGCUAGAUGUGAGAAUCUCUGUAUACCAAAAAAAAAUAUUGAAAUUAGGUUAUCUUAAAAUCUGUCCCACCCAUCUGUCACUGCCAUCUAUAGUGUCAUGUGUUUAUUAUUUCAUUGUUUGUUUAUUAUUUUUUAUUAAAUAAUUAAUUAUUUGAUUUAAGUUCAUAACAUUAAGUUUAGUUCGUAAGCUGAGAGAGUCUUCUAGGUUGUAAGAAUGAAAAAAAAAGAAAUAAUUUAGAUCCAAGAGAUAAAUAAAAAUAUUAA